UCAUAUUCAUUGAUCCUCCCAGGCAAUUGUAGACUAUAGCUAGCACACCUUUAGCAGCUCAAAUUAGCUGAGAUUUCAACUGAUUAGCACUCUCUUAUAUUAAAUUAAAGCAGUCACAAAGUGAGAACUCACUGACUGAGCUAGCUCCACAGGAUGGCAGCAACUCUUGGGCACAGUCGAUGGGAGCGUCCAUCAUCCGCAAAGUUAGCAGGAGUCAAGUUUGAGCUGUACAAUCCAGCUCUGCCCACUUUGCGACGCAUGAGCAUGGACGACGUUACAAAGAGGCUCCCCACGGAGCACACACGUACAAGCACCCCCUGCAACAGAGGUGAGUUUGUCAAUGCCAGGACCACACUAAGGAAGAGAGGCUGGAGUGAUCCUGUAAACUUGCCCAGCAAGAAAAUUCUCAGCAAAAACACUAGUUCAAUGUUAAGCUCAGUAAAGAACCUACAAACAAGAACAUUUGCUGAGAACUGGGCAGCCAUUCUGAGCUCCCUCAACAACAGUCAGAGUAUACCUAUGCAGAGGGAAAUAGGUACCCAAACAGACACCCUCCAGCUGACCAUCACCGGCCUGGCCUCUCGCACAACACACCCUGACAUCACAAACUCAUGGCAGAAUCGUCGUCCCCACAAUGGGCAGUGGAGUCGCCCCUCGACAGCCAAGCAAAUGCCAGCUGCUAUGUACUCCAGAUACAGAGGAACAAGACCCUACUCAGCCAAUCCCUGGAAGUGAGUACUAAAAGAUGGUGAUGUCAUUACAGAUACACGGGCUUCUCACAAUACAUUAUUAUAAACACUAAUGACCGUGUAGUACUUUGUACAACAUCUGUUUCAUGUUUUGUGAUAAUUAUGGUCAUACAAAAGAAGUUCACAUAAUUUCAACUCUUAUGUGACUACAUGUAUAGUACUUGUGCAAUAUCUUGUGUUUCAUGUUUUGUGAAUUCAUGCCAUACAAAAAGAACUUUACAUCAAAGAA